CGUGAGCACGCUUGAACCUCAUCUCCGAAGUAAGUUCCAGGAAAUCUGACAGAUUUGACCGAACAACAUCAUGUCCGUGGUCAAUGGGGACAUCAGAGAGGGUCUUUUGAAGCAGGAGGUCCGACAUUUGAAGGCCUUGGAUGUGCAGAUGUUAGGUCAGAUUUUGGAGAUUCAAGCUGAAUGGAAAUCCGUCAUGGCCAACAUUCGGCGAGAUCCCGAGAAUCCCAUGAGUCCCCGAAAAUUUACCGCCGAUCACGUCGAGGUCAUAGCCUCGGAAUCCCAUCGAUCGGGGAAGACUGCUUUCGAGGUUCUAAUUGAAGAAUGGGGCACGAUGGGUCGGAACCGACCUCGGAUUUGGUACCUCCUCAGUCUUUUCUUGGAAGCCAAUCUCAUUCGAGCCGCUUCCCACAUCACCGAACAUAUCCUUAAAAUGGGACCGCUUACUUCUGAUGGGAAGAGUGAGAUAGAGGAUCUUGUUCGUCCUUUUCAAGAUGGUCGAAUGUCCACCAAACCUCCAGCUGUGGUGUCAGUACCAAUGGACACCUUUCAAAAAUGGGACGAACAAAUCGAGGAGGAUUUACUGAAUUUGAGCUCCAGUAUUGACGAUGAAGCUGAUAAUUCGGAUUUGCUCACCAUGCCGGGUCCUUUUGAAAAUACGAUCUCUGUCCCCAACGUGCCCUUUGCUUACCUGAAAGCUAUCACUGGUGAUUUUGGCCGACAAGUAGGCACUGAAGAUCGCUUCAUCGGCUCCGGUGGAUUUGCCGUGGUUUACAAAGGCAUCACUUUCCGAUCCCAGAAGGUCUUAGCCAUCAAAAAGCUCAACUCAGACAAGACCGACGCUCAACAACGAAAUGAGCUCAUGGUGAACUUUGAGGUGGGCGAACUAACUCGUCUCAAGCACAAAUUCAUCAUCGAGAUAUUGGGCUACUCGAACGAUGAGCCGGAGAGUCCCUGUUUGAUCUACCCGUACUUAGAAAAUGGAAAUCUGGAAGAUCAUCUACAGAUGAAAAGGCCAGGGGUUGUUCCCUUGAACCAGGAUCAACGCUAUCGCAUUUUAUUGGGAGUCUCUGAAGGGCUUCACUUCUUACAUGAGCAACCUAAACCCUUGAUUCAUCGGGAUGUCAAAACAUCCAACAUCCUUCUUGACGGGGAUCUUUUACCAAAGAUUGCAGAUUUCGGUCUACUUCGUCAUGCCAGUACAAAUAAUACGGAAACUGUGAACAUAUUAGGCACCCCAAGGUAUAUGGCUCCUGAAGCCAUCCGGGGAGAUAUCAGUGUGAAGAUCGAUGUCUUCAGCUUUGGUGUUGUCAUUCUGGAAGUUAUAACUGGACUGGCAUCGUUUGAUAAAACCCGUGAAGACAGGGACAUUAUUACUCAUGUCCAAGAGUCGAUCAAAGACACGUCAUCGCCAACGUCCAUGGAUGGCGUACUAAGAUUUCUGGAUCCAAAGGUCACCAAUUGGAAGGCCAAACCUGCCAUUACUACGUUCAACUUGGCCAUGGUUUGUCUUCGGGAUAAGGUCGAACGGCCUUUCAUGCCCGAAGUAUUGGACACAUUGCAAACUGCCUACGCACAAACCCAGUCAGAGCACUAAUUUCUUACUUUGACUCGAAAUGUUAUGCAUUUAUUUCGGUUUUUUCUUUUAUUAUAAAAAUAUCAAUUGAUCAAUUGGAUGGUAACAUGA